GCUGCCAGUGGAGGGCGCUGCGCAGUAGUGCUCCUGCUGUCGCGCGGAUCUCGCACCCCCCUAACCCGUCACCUUCCCCUCCCACCUCCAUCCGUCACCUUCCCCCGCCCCCUCGCUGUGUGAUUUAGUAGUCACGUGGUGGAUACCGGAAGACGCGUGCUACUGGAGAGACGGAAGUCGGCGUCUUGCUGCUGCCAGGGUGGGAGGAAGCUGAGGCCACAGCGGACUGUCACGGACUUGGUGGUGGCGGUAGAUCGGGUAAAUUGCUAGAGGCGUCUAUGCACAGUUGUAUGUGCUCAAACCACUUGGUGAAGCAGCUGGACCAGUCCAAAGCAGGAAGAAGACUGCUGAAUCGUACCGGCUGACAUCUCGUCUCACGAUUAUGGUUAGCAAAGGAGAAACUGCCAUAGGAAUCAUUUAUCCAAGGGGAGAGAUGCAGAAUCCGCAUACAGGUGUGCUUUACCAGAGCAUAUAACAAGGAUUCUGUGUUGGACUUGAAGUCUAAGGAGGAGAAGGAUGCUGAGCUGGACAAGAAGAUUGAAGCCUUGCGCAAGAAGAAUGAAGCGCUGGUCAGGAGACACCAGAUGAUCGAGGAGGAUCGGAAGAGGGCUGAGCAGGAGGGAAUCGCAGUGACCACUCCAAGGAAAGCCAAACACCUGGACGGCGAGCCAGACAAAGCUCGGAAAGAGAAGGAGAAUUUCUCAAUAACUUUAGAUGUCUCUGCUGGGGAGAAGAGAGUAGUAAAUGAUGGGAAGUCCCCCAGAGUCUUGAACACCCCACCUAGCGCAGAAACAUCUCCAAGAAGUCCCACCCACAGGACUGGUGGCCGAAUAGGAGCUUUCUCUGGUGGGCGAAUCCCCCACAUGGACCAACAGGGAGAAUCGUUUCAAGUGGAUAUUGAUGACACCCACCCAAAAGAAAGGCCAAUAAGAGGGAGAAGAGGCCAAGGUCCUGAUGUGUCAAGGAGAAGUCCACAAGUCCCCAAAGAUGGGUUUCCUGGAGAGCCAUGGUCACCCUCUCCGAAAGGAGCAGAGAGGGGUGGAAGAGGUCCAGGCAGGGGCAGUAGCACUCCCAGCAGAGGUGGCAGCUUCAGUGCUGUUGGGGAGGGUGUCCCAGGACCUGACAGAAAAGUUAAGGAAUGGGAAGAGAAGAGGAAGCUGAAUAUAGAAAAGAUGAACGAGGAAAUGGAAAAAAUUGCAGAUUAUGAGAGGAGCCAAAGGGACGGAGUAAGAGACAAAAAUCCAAUCCGCAACUUUCUUGAUGAUCCCAGGCGAACGGGUCCCAUCAUGGAGGCAGAUCGGAAGGAGGGGAGCCGCAGGCAUAUCAGGAAUUGGGGAGGACCUGAUUUUGAGAGAGUUAAAACUGGCAUGGAUCGGGAAAAGGAGAGUCAUGUGAGGAGACCUGGAAUGAAAAAUCAGAUGGAUAUGACCAUAUCGAUGACUGGCAAGGAACGUGCAGAAUAUAUGCGAUGGAAGCAAGAGCGGGAAAAGAUAGAUCAGGAGAGACUGGCACGUCAUCGUAAGCCCACAGGGCAAUGGAAGCGGGAGUGGGAUGCAGAGAAAACGGACACAAUGUUUAAGGAAGGAUCUGCUCCUCAUAUAGAGGAUGAACCCACCAGCAGAAGAGACCAGGGAAAACGAGGGGCUCCUAAGCCACCCACCAUGGCAGAGUUUCUUGCGGACAGCCUUAAAAGACCAUCGCAAAGGACUGAUCAGAAGAGAGGCCGAGGUCGGAACAAACCAUACAGCAUGCAUGAUAGCCGCUGGGAAGAAGAAGAAGAGGAGGAGGAGGUUGCGGUUGAAAAGGAUAAGCCUUUGCCAGUGGAGGAGAAGGAGACUUGCGUGGAGAAAGCAGAGGAACAAAAGGCCAAGGAAAUGCUGAAAAACACCUCGGAAGUAUCUGCAGCAGUGCUGGACAAAAAGAGAGUUGAAGUAAAAAAUGUUCCUGAAGAUAAUUGUGAAGAUGACAGUGAUGAGGGGGAAGAUGACGAGGGUGAAUGGACAGAUGCUAGUGGUGCUGAAGAUGAUUCAUCAGAAGUUGAUGAAGAUUUACCCAAUAAAGAGCUCACCAAAGCUUCUCUAGCCACACUACAUGAAGAAAGGCUACCUCAGCAAGUGGAAGCUCUAAAGUUGGCCAUACCUUCACCAAAUGCAAGCUCUGAUGAAGGAGUCGUGCAGACCAAGCCCACAAGCCCAUUUUCCCCUGAGGGACACCGUCCGGUGACUGACUGGGGGGAGGAGAUGGAAAUGCUGUCACCCCCAGGAAGUAGCAAUGAGGACAGUCCUCCUCAAGCCAUUAAUAUGAGAGUGUUCAGCGUGGACACAAGAUCUCAAGAGAAUUAUUCUCCUUCAGGGUCUUCCCAGAACCCCACUCUGGAUCCAGUGCAGGAUCUAACACCCAAUAUGGAAGCUGAAUCUCUGCAAUCCACCCAAACCAAGACAGACCAGACACAUAAGUCAGCAGAAGUGGAGUCAGUGGAUGCCCCUCCACAUCCUGUAGGAGGAGACCAGGAGAGUGGUGCAAAUAAAGCAGAGAGCGUAUCAGAAGAGCCAGUUGGAGAGAUGAUCUCCCCAGUAUCUGAGGAAACCCCACAGGCCCCUGCAGAGGAGUCGUCACCAGUCACAGAGGAGCUGGAAGGAGCUGAGAAAUCUGUGCACAUUGAGGACUAUGAGACGCAGAAUACGGAGGUCCCACCAUCAUCCUGACCAGCCUGCUCAUCAACAGCUGACAUUCCUCAAGAUAUCUCUCUCUGUCCAGGUGUCAUGUCUUUUGCACUCACAUACAACAAGCUUUCUCUGGGUCUGCACAGGAUCAUUUGCUUUCCAGCUCACUACAGUAUUAUCUGCAUCAGAUCAUGCCCGGUGCUCAUUUGGCUGGUGGUAAUGUUUGGAGAAGGGUUCUUUUUGUCACGUUGCUUGAAUCAUGGAGGACAGUUGUGUGAGGGUUCAGUGUCUGCAUCCAUUGGGCGGCUGCUUUCCAGCCACCGUGGUCCCUGUUGGAUAAUACUAGCACUGAGCACUGCAGAGGAGACAUUAAACCUGACCCAAACAUCACAUCUUGCAAGACAUUAAUUUUGUGGAAUCAGCGGCCUGUGAGAACAAACCAUGUGUUGUAGAAGGCGUAUUAUAUGCUGUGUAGGGGAAUCAUGGUGUAAUCUGCAUUGGCUCAGUCAGUAUUAGAUAUUGUCAGGAACAGCUAAAAGCAUUUAAGAAAAGUGCAAUGAAAACUUUAUUAUUGUGUGCAAUACAGUAAUUGAUCAUUGCACUUUAUUGCAGGACAAGGUAUUGUUUGAAUGGUAUACUUCUAUAACAAGAUCCCUCCUUUUCCUUGUGUAUUUAGUCUGGAGUUGGAGACAUUUUCUCUCACAUAACACAGUACAGCAGCUAUAAAAAGUAUUCACAAAAUGUAUUUCUCUUACGUCCUAGAGGAUACUGGGGUCCACAUUAGUACCAUGGGGUAUAGGCGGGUCCACUAGGAGCCUUUGGCACUUUAAGAAAUCAAUAGUGUGCACUGGCUCCUCCCUCUAUGCCCCUCCUACCAGACUCAGUUUAGAAAAUGUGCUCGGAGGAGCCGGUCACGCUUAGGGAAGCUCCUGAAGAGUUUUCUGCAUUUAUUUUCUGUUUGUUGUUUUCAGCAGGUCUGAUUGGCACCACACUGCAUGCUUUGUGGGACUUAGGGGGGAGAACGGCCCAACUUCCUAAAGAGUUAAUGGUCCCGUUUCUCCGCUGACAGGACACUGAGCUCCUGAGGGAGUCAUUCCCAUGGCGAGCGUACCCUCCCGCAGCACGCCGCCACCCCUAACAGAGCCAGAAGAUAGAAGAGUGGUGCGUACAGCGCCGGUGCCCGGUUAGUGGGUUGCCGGCGGGAAUGGCGGCAUAAGGGUAGUAGCACAGCUCUCAGUGCAGGCUGCGCUCAAGGGGGCUCAGAGGACAUACACAGCAGUGUGUGUCCCACUGUGAGGGGUGCGCUGAGUCACCAAUGCAUACCCACACUGGCUACCAGUCCUAACAAGUGUUUUAACCCUGUGUAAGACAUAAAAAUUACCUCAGGCCAGUAUAAAAAAGUGGGAAGCCGAGCGCCAUUAAGGGGGCGGGGCUUCACUAUGAGUGGAUCCAGCAGCUCACCAGUGCCAUUUUCCCUCUGCAGCUCACACUGACAGGACUCACAGGCAAGCGCAGCUCCUCCACAAAGACUCCACGUCUUCUCAGCGGUUCCAGGGGGUCUUAGAAGUGGGGGGAAUGUGUUAGUAUACGAAGCCCUAUUAAGGGACUUAGUGUGGCAACCCAGCUAAAUUUAUUUUGCUACAAGUGCACUGUGUGUGGCUGUCUCUGAUUUGUGUGUCUCUCUGGUUACUCUGUGUGGGUUAAACUGUGUUUUCACCUUCUGUGUUUGUCCCUUCACAUUACCAUGUUCAGGUACUGUGUUUCCUGCACAGCUGAGUGUCUUUCAUCCCCCGGAGACUUACUACCCUGUACUCAGGAUAGUGUUCAUUCUCAGGCUAGUGGGGCAGAACCCCCAUGGUUAGCUUCCAUUAAAGGGAUGAUAUCUAAUAUUUCUACUAAAUUAUCCCAUAAUGAGAAAGAGACGCACUUUUUAAGACAGUCUAUGGAUGACCUGAUGAAUAGAGAUUCAGUUCCCAUACCAGCGUCUCAUAUUCUCGCCAUUUGCCCACAAAAGCGUCCUCUGGCCCAGCUCAUGCAGGAUGAUACUGAUGACGAUACAUCAGAUCCAGAGGAGGGUGAAGUGGAUGCGAGUGGGGGGGAUGCUGUCCUAUCACAAAGCAUACAGGCCAUGAUAGAGGCUGUCAGAAAUGUCCUGCACAUUCCUGACAAGAUGGCGGAGGUAGAGGAGGAAUCUUAUUUUAAUGUUAAAAAGAAAUCCUCAGCUACUUUCUCUAACGUCCUAGUGGAUGCUGGGGACUCCGUAAGGAC